GGGGGUAGGUGGUGUCUGCAGGGAGAAGGACGUGCAUAGGGCAGUUGAGAAGCUGCAAGCGUGUGUGCGGGGCUCAGGGAGGUGCAGGGGGUUACAGCAGCAAUGGCUGAGCAGCCUCCUGCCUUCCUGCUCGUACUUCAAAACAAAGAAGUUGGAUGAUCAGACUCUUCAGUGGAGUUUCUUUUAGGUACUUGAGAGUUCUCAUUUGGAAAAACAGAGUGAAAGACUGCCCAGGUUUUAUGGCAGGUCUCUGUCCUGAGCCUGAAAGUGAGUGGUUAAUGUGAAAUCUCGUGAUCCUGUGUUGGGAGAAGAGUAAAGCAUGAGUGCUGGGAAAGGGCUACCGAAGUAACUUAUGUGCAAGUUGAGUUUCUGCUCAUAUGAAGCGGACAUAUGCAGAAAGAUGUUAGUACGUGUUCAUAGAAAUGAUGAUUAAUUAUGAGUAAGUAGUUUCACUUAUUUUUUUUUUCCUCUUUUUCCAGAACUGCAUUUCUCAAGCUGCUGAAGUUUGUUUGCCCAGCCCUUUGUAUAACUGAAUCCUGUAGUUGAUGCAGAAUUGCACACUAUCAGGCUGUGAAAUAGAAAAGGCAGGGAUGGUUUCUAGAUAAAUAUGAUAAAAAUAAUUUUCCAGAGUGUGGACAUAAGUGCUACUGUAAAGAUCCUGCAGAUGCUCAUGAUUCCUUUAUUGAACGUGAUGUAUUCUAUCCUGUUUGCAAAAGCACCAACAGUGAAAUGUGCUCCAACCGUGGCUUUGCAUGCACUGUUGCUUUAGGAAUUCAGUUUUGUUUCACUUCAGGAAGUAGAGCUGUAGCCUGUUACACCUCAGCAAAGACUAAAGUGACUUUUUGAUGGCGUGUGGCAGAUGAGGCUAUGUCCAGGGUGAUCUGCCCUAUCUAUGCACACUAGUAAGGAGCAGUAAGGUACAAAAUCAAUAUACAGUGCUUAAGCUUGUUCUGAGAUGCUCUUGUUCAUGAACUUUCCUUGUUUCCUUGGGUACUUCUCAUGUUCUAGCCACACUUCGAUGGACUGUGAAAUAUUUUUAAGCUCUCAGUAGAUAUACUGCAUCUUCAGCUGCAGUGCUAACAUUUAAUAGCUCAGGCUUGGAGAAUGGUAUAACGAAUGUUGUAAUGUUUAUUAUGUUUUUGAAGUUUUAUUAAUGUGCUCACCCUCUUUGUCAGGUCACCAUAAAUAAAAGGGUGUUGCCUUUUAAUUUUAAGUUUAAUAUCUGGUAAAUUACUGCUAGGUAUGUGGUUGUUCUUAAAGUAUAAAACAUUACAAAAUGGUGAAAAGGAGAGUUUGUCUAUAGAAAGCUUUAUUAGAGGCUACUUUCUGCCUCUCCUGAGAAAUUUUUAUGGAGAUGGAAGGGAUGAUGUGAAGUGGUUUACAGUGCUGGUUACUUUCAUUAGUUCUGUGCUGCAGUUUUUUCACCUUAGGUGUUUGUGCAGGUGAGAAGUAUGUCUGUACCUGCUGAUGCAUACCGUUGCGGUAUUUCUCAGACCCUCAGACAAAAGCAGGCAGACCAAAGGUGUCACUGGAUGUGGCCCUCCGCUUAUCCUGCUGCCAGGCAGCUUCCCCUCCCCAUCUUCACAGUUUUAGCUGCAAAGGGGAGUGUGAGUGCUCUGUAUCUAAGGAGCUGGCUUAGCUCCUGUCUGGCUGAUUUUUGCCCUGAGAAAGUUCAGUCUCACUUGUGAGAUCCUUGGUUGUGAGGGAGUGCUUUGGGAACUAAGCAUGUUCAAAACCCGUCUUGCCUGAGCUCUGAAUUUGUAAGGCAAGAUUUGGUUUGUUUUUUCUCUCUUUUUCUGCCUCAAAUAGGCUCUCCUUUAAGUUCCUCCUCCAGCUCUGUAGGACACAAAAGCAACAAGGGUCAGAUAAUCUCGCUGUGUGCAGAGGUGGCAACAGCUCUUCUUGGGAAAGCUGCGAAGUGCUCAGUUUUCAAGACUUUUUUCAAGAGACUUUUGUCUCCUGCUGUUUUCACGUUCAGGAAUGGAUUUGAUACUUAGAGUUAUUCAUUUUAUGUAGAGUUAAUUGAUAAAUAUUCAUCAGAGUAUUGCUGAAUUGAAUACCGCACGGCUUUAUAUUUUUAGAGGCACAUUUUCAUUCCUUCAUGCUUUCAGGAAAGGGAAGGACAAUGAAGUCUUCUCUUUAAAAUGAAGUUAAUAUCCCUUUCAGCACUUAGAGCUCCUACAAAUCUUGUGUGUUCCUGGACUCAAGAGCUUGUUUUAGCUGGACUGCUUUUUAGCACCGCUCUCCACAUGUAAUUAAAGCGCUUUGUGUGUUGUGCUUUGGUCCUAGUACAAAGAAAGCCCUGCAGCUUGUUCUAAGAGCAGCUUUUCCGCAGCCAGAUUGGUCUUUUAAACAAAGUGGUGUAACUGCACCUAACGCUGUGUUUGCGUAGUAAAUGUUUGUAGAGCUCUAAGGGAGACCAGGAGCAUCUAGGUGAGUGCACUGCGCUGCCGCACUGGGGUUCUACUGAAGACAGGAGCACUGUCUGGAUCAGGUCCCUCUCUGCAGACUCCUUUGUUUGCAGAGAUGGAAGCGACUGUUUCUUUUAUAAGGCCUAACUAGAUGUUUGUGAAAAGCUUUGAGACGCUUUUGAUUAACGACUAUGCAGUAUGUGAUUAUAUCACACAUAAUAAUAGUGGGUAGGAGGAGACAGAAUGGCAGCGUAAUUCUUGCAGCAUUGUGAAAACUUCAGGCUUUGUUCUUCUUCAAACACUGUCUUUACAUUUAAACGCGAUUUUUCUCUGCCGCUUCCCCUAGUCUUUAUCUCCUCCAACUAAAAAAAAAUACCAAAAAACCAAAAAAGAAGCAUUUCUCUACCUUUAUUUAAAAAUUAAAAAAAAAAAAAAGAAAGAAAGAAAAAGGAAGAAGAGGGAGUGAGGGAAGAAAAAGUGCCGGACAUGUAUCUGCUGUUUUGGCUAGCAUAGUUGUAUGAUACUUGAAUGAUCGGUGCUGUUCUGCUUUUACCAAAAUCGGAGCCACGCUCUUCUCCUCUAAGUUUGAGAUUGAGUGGGUGACGGUUUUGAACCUCAGAAACUGAUUUUCCCCGUUUUUCUUUUCUUCAUUUUGCAUGGUAACCUCUUGGCUGGAAAUUUAUAGUCAGGAGGUUGCUGUAGCCUGUAAUGUGAGCUCAGGUUUUUGUGACAGGAACGUUUGUUCCAGGGGGCUCCUUUUACAGCUGGGCGGGGGUUUGGGUGGAGUUGUGCUGUGGCAGAAGGGCCGCUUGGGAGCCUGGCAGCUUCUUGUGCAGGGAUGCGGUUAGUUAAGUGUUGUCCAUAUUUGAGAUUCUUCUGGAUGUCCAGCAGUGCUUUCCAGACCAGUGGUGUUUUCUCCUGCAUCUUCAUUUAGUGGUGCUCCGCAGGGCUUGCACGCUUGUUUCUAUGAGGGCAGGCAGGUGGGCCUGUGCACACUCCAGUUUUGUUGCUUCUGUUCUCCCCAGUAUAACUUUUAUUGCCAAUCAUUUGAUUUAUAAACCAGGAUCCCAGGAGGCACAAAUAGCAUGCUGGUAGCCCAAGCCAGUGGAAAGUUUAAAAACAAAAACAAAAAAACAACUAAGAUACAGUGUAGCAAUGCAUUCCUAGGCAAGAGGCCUGUCAGAGAAAUCCCUCAUGGUUUGCCAGCAGGAUGGAGAUGGCCAACAAGCAUUUAACAUGCGUGCUCAUGUUGUUUCAUGUUGUUUCAUGUUCUUUGUUAGUUGUAACGCUGGAAUAACAACUGGGGACGCUCAUUUCUGUGGGCGCUCACCUGUGUGAGGUUGGUGACCAGCAGUAGGCUUCCAUCUCUGGUGGUUCCAUCGCCAGUGCAGUUUGAGAGGGAGAACAGGUUGCUUUGGUAGAAACACCAGCUUAUUCCCCAGAGGUCUUGUACUUAUGGUCUUCCUGAAUUCUGACUUGGUGCCACCAAACAAUAAAUCCUUGCUUCCACUAAAAAUUUGUUUUUGGGAAACACAGUGUGUGAAAGCUGAUAGCACUGCUAGUGGGCAAUAUUACCGAUAUUACUUACUAGUGGGUGAAGAAAUUAAGCAGAUUAAGCAGAUCAACCUCUUUUAGAAAUGAACGUAACCACCCCCAAUGUUUUCCUGAAUACAUGCAAAUAUGCUUUGUCUUGAAGUGAAAUGCCUUCUGGUAUUGUCACUGAUGAGGCACACUAUCACAGACAGGUUGGCAGAGGGAAUUUGGGUAAGAGCUCACACCCUGUAUUCUAUAGAUGUGUUGUGGAAGACAGUAGACAGUUGUAGAUUGUAUUUUGGCUACAUGAUUUGUUUUUAAAAAAAUAUCUAAAUUAUAAGAUUGAUAUUAUAUGCCUAUAUGGAAAUAGAUUUUGUUUCAGGCCUUUUAGGUUUGCCCACACUUGCUCUUUAGACUGUUAAUCAGACUCAGAGUUGCUUAUAAGUUAAUCAUGCAAAAAAAGUUAAACUAGUAGCAAUACCAGUAUACUUCUUUCAGAGGAUACAACUCCAUUUUAUGUAUCUGGCAGUGCUUCUGUGGAGUUUUGUACUGUGAAAAAUAAGACAACUUUCCACUUGUAUGAUGUGUAUAAAUUCAAAAACAUAGAAUGUGGAAUAAAUAUUUCACUUAGUAUGGAGAAUUGGAGUGGGAAAACAAGAAUUCUCAAGUAACUGCAGAAAAUAAGUGGCAAAUAUCACAAAGGAGUGGAGAGUAAGAUGAAAGGGGAGGUGAGCCAGAAAUGUAAAGGUAUGGCAUGAACUGCUCUGAAGGGAGCUCAGUGUUCACAAUCGUGUUCUUUUGGAUUGUGACAACGUGGCAGCUGCAGCAGUUUUUGCUGUUGAAUGAGCUCCAAGCCUUCCUUAAAACCUGUCCAUUUUUGCAAGCAAUAGGGCUCUGAGACCUGCUGUUCCUGCUGUGCUAUCCUUCUUAUUGCUAGCAUGUUUAACAGAUUGAGAAAGGGUUGUACGCUUCUUUGAAAUGUAGGUGAACAAAGAUUCCAGGACUCCCGAGUGCUAUUCUGUUGAAGCGUGUGUCAAAACAAGAGCCUGUGAUGUAAUGGAGACUUGGAAACGCUGCAGUUGUGCACUUUGAAACUGCUACGUCUUUGAAGAGAGAUUUCCUGUGCCCUUCCUCAGAUGUCUGUGAUACUACCAAGAGGAACUGUCUUUCUGCUUAAAGGAAGCAUAAACGAUUGGAUUACUGCUCUGAUGUUUUGGAGCACAAGUGAUGUUAAAACAACUUGAAUGUAUUGGAACAUGGCUACUUCUUAAGAUGCAAAAGUUAAAAGAAGUUACUACUUUUCAAAACCUACCGAAUAUCUGCAUUUUCUAGACGUUUUGCAUUUAAUUGUAUCCUUAAAUGUCCACGGUUAAGAUCUCAUGCAACCAUUUUAUGUUUUGGAGACAAUUCUCCAAAAGAGAACUGUGCAUUUAAAAAGCCGAAAUGACUGUAUUUCCUUUUGGAACUUACUGAGGUUGAACAUACUGAAAGAUCAUGACCAGCUUGAAGCGGUCCCAGACCGAAAGGGCUGUUGCCACUGGGGUGUCAGUUGGAACAGAUGGCACCACAAAAGUCCACUCUGAUGACUUCUACAUGAGGCGCUUUAGGUCACAGAAUGGCAGCCUAGGAUCUGCAGUCAUGGCUCCAGUUGGACCUCCUCGCAAUGAAAGUUCCCAUCAUGUUACCUCUACUCCUGGAGUCCCCAAAAUGGGGGUCAGGGCAAGAAUUGCUGAUUGGCCCCCUAGGAAGGAGAACAUCAAGGAAACAAGCAGGUCUAGUCAAGAUAUUGAAACUGCCAGUUGUCUUGACAGCAUGUCUUCUAAAAGCAGUCCUGGGAGUCAGGGAAGCUCCGUUAACCUGAACGCUAGUGAUUCUGUCAUGUUAAAGAGUAUCCAGAACACACUUAAAAGCAAGACCAGACAAUCUGAGAAUCUAGACUCCAGGUUUCUUACGCCUGAUGGCUAUCCCAGUUCCCCAAGGAAAGCUCUUCGUAGAAUAAGACAGCGUAGCAACAGCGACAUUACCAUAAGUGAGCUUGAUGUGGAUAGUUUUGAUGAAUGUAUUUCACCCACGUUUAAAUCUGGACCAUCUCUGCAUAGAGAGUAUGGCAGCACAUCUUCAAUAGAUAAGCAGGGAACUUCAGGGGAAAGUUUUUUUGACUUACUAAAGGGCUAUAAAGAUGAAAAGUCUGAUCAGAGAAGCCCAGGCACAACUAAGCUCAGUGAACUUCUGAUUGCCAGUGGAAGCAAGGGUUCAGGUUUCUCUCUAGAUGUGAUCGAUGGACCUAUUACUCAAAGGGAGAACCUGAGGCUCUUUAAGGAAAGAGAGAAGCCACUCAAGAGACGCUCAAAAUCAGAAACAGGAGAUUCAUCCAUUUUUCGUAAGCUGCGUAAUGCCAAAGGUGAAGGGGAGCUUGGGAAAUCUUCAGAUCUUGAAGAUAACAGGUCAGAAGAUAGCGUCAAGCCUUGGACUUGUCCAAAGUGUUUUGCUCAUUAUGAUGUACAGAGUAUUUUAUUUGAUUUAAAUGAAGCAGCAAUCAACAGGCAUAAUGUUAUUAAAAGAAGGAACACAACAACAGGAGCAUCUGCUGCUGCUGUAGCGUCACUCGUCUCCGGACCCUUAUCCCAUUCUGCAAGUUUCAAUUCUCCAAUGGGCAGCACUGAAGAUCUGAAUUCAAAAGGAAGUCUCAAUAUGGACCAGGGGGAUGAUAAAAGCAACGAACUUGUGAUGAGCUGCCCUUAUUUUCGUAAUGAGAUUGGUGGGGAAGGGGAGAGGAAGAUAAGCCUUUCCAAAUCUAAUUCAGGUUCCUUCAGUGGAUGUGAAAGUGCCUCGUUUGAGUCAACUCUGAGUUCUCAUUGUACGAAUGCUGGAGUGGCAGUUCUAGAAGUUCCCAAGGAGAAUUUGAUUUUACAUCUAGACAGAGUGAAAAGAUACAUUGUUGAACAUGUAGACCUUGGUGCAUAUUAUUACCGAAAAUUUUUCUAUCAGAAAGAACACUGGAACUAUUUUGGGGCAGAUGAGAACCUUGGUCCAGUAGCUGUGAGCAUAAGAAGAGAAAAACCAGAGGAAAUCAAAGAAAACGGACCUCAGUACAACUACCGGAUCAUUUUCAGAACCAGUGAGCUUAUGACAUUAAGAGGCUCUGUGCUGGAAGAUGCUAUUCCUUCAACUGCAAAGCACUGCACAGCCAGAGGACUUCCCUUAAAAGAAGUGCUUGAGUAUGUGGUUCCUGAGCUGAAUAUUCAUUGCCUGAGGCUGGCCUUCAACACUCCUAAAGUCACAGAACAGCUUAUGAAGCUGGAUGAACAAGGGUUAAGUUACCAACUUAAGGUGGGCAUCAUGUACUGCAAAGCUGGGCAAAGCACAGAAGAGGAAAUGUACAAUAACGAGUCGGCAGGUCCAGCCUUUGAAGAGUUUCUUCAGCUCUUGGGAGAACGAGUUCGGCUCAAAGGAUUUGAAAAGUAUCGUGCUCAGCUGGACACGAAGACUGAUUCAACAGGUACUCACUCUCUGUAUACAACAUACAAGGACUAUGAAAUCAUGUUCCAUGUUUCUACUAUGUUGCCAUAUACUCCAAACAACAAACAACAGCUUCUGAGAAAGCGACAUAUUGGAAAUGAUAUUGUGACAAUAGUUUUCCAGGAGCCUGGAGCACAACCAUUCAGCCCAAAGAACAUCCGAUCUCACUUCCAGCACGUCUUUGUCAUUGUGAGAGUGCACGGUCCCUGUACCGACAGUGUUUGUUACAGUGUUGCUGUGACAAGAUCCAGAGAUGUACCAUCCUUUGGACCACCUAUUCCAAAAGGCGUCACAUUUCCUAAAUCAAACGUGUUCAGGGACUUCUUACUAGCCAAAGUCAUUAAUGCAGAGAAUGCUGCUCAUAAAUCAGAAAAGUUUCGUGCAAUGGCCACCAGGACCCGUCAAGAAUACUUGAAAGACUUGGCAGAGAAGAAUGUCACCAACACACCUAUUGACCCUUCUGGCAAAUUCCCCUUCAUCUCACUUGCUUCAAAAAAGAAAGAAAAGUCCAAGCCUUAUCCAGGAGCAGAGAUCUAUAGUUCUGGUGCUAUUGUGUGGAGUGUCCAUGCGAAAGACUACAGCAAGGGUAUGGAAAUAGACUGUCUCCUGGGUGUCUCUAAUGAGUUUGUAGUCCUCAUUGAACAGGACACAAAAAGUGUGGUGUUUAAUUGCUCCUGUCGAGAUGUAAUAGGUUGGACUUCAACGGACACAAACAUAAAAAUAUUCUAUGAGAGAGGUGAAUGCGUUUCUUUGGAGAGCUUCAUCAGCAACAUUGAUGACAUCAAAGAGAUCGUCAAAAGGCUGGAGCUUGUGACUAAGGGAUGUGAAACAGUGGAGAUGACUCUGCGUAGGAAUGGUCUGGGUCAGCUUGGCUUCCAUGUAAACUAUGAAGGAAUUGUGGCAGAUGUUGAGCCCUACGGGUACGCGUGGCAGGCAGGACUGCGGCAGGGUAGCAGGCUGGUGGAAAUUUGUAAGGUGGCUGUAGCCACUCUGAGCCAUGAGCAAAUGAUUGAUCUUCUGAGGACAUCAGUAACGGUGAAGGUCGUCAUUGUCCCUCCAUAUGAGGACUGCACACCACGCAGAAGUUGUUCAGAAAACUACCGUAUGCCAGUGAUGGAAUACAAAGUGAAUGAAGGAAUGUCGUAUGAAUUCAAAUUUCCCUUCAGAAAUAAUAACAAAUGGCAGCGAAAUGCAAACAAAGGACAGGGACCUCAUGUGGCUCAGGUACCAUCCCAAGUUCAAAGUCCAGUGCCAUCUAGGAUUGGCUCAGGGAAAGGAGAAGGGAAAAUGCCACCCCCAGAACGAGCAGCCAACAUCCCCCGAAGCAUCUCUAGUGAUGGACGCCCGUUGGAGAGCCGGAGGUUGUCUCCUGGUUCUGAUGUCUACGUGACGGUGUCGUCCAUUGCAUUAGCACGGUCACAACAGUGUCGCAAUUCUCCAAGCAACUUAUCAACCUCAAGUGAGACAGGCUCUGCUGGGAGCACAUACAGACAAAAAUCUAUGCCAGAAGGGUUUGGAAUUAGCCGUAGAUCCCCUGCUUCCAUUGACAGGCAGAGCACGCAAUCAGAUACGGGUGGUAGCGGCAAAUCCACACCCAGCUGGCAAAGAAGUGAGGAUAGUAUCGCUGACCAGAUGGAACCAACGUGUCAUCUCCCAGCAGUAUCAAAAGUACUGCCAUCCUUCAGAGAGAGUCCCAGUGGAAGACUGAUGAGACAGGAUCCUGUGGUUCACUUGUCUCCAAAUAAGCAGGGUCAUUCUGACAGCCACUACUCCAGCCAUUCCAGCAGCAAUACUCUCUCCAGCAAUGCCUCCAGUGCUCACAGUGAUGAGAAGUGGUAUGACAGUGGAGAGCGCACUGAAGCAGAGCUGAACAGCUACAACUAUCUUCAGGGGACUUCGGCUGAUAGCGGCAUAGAUACCACUUCCUAUGGACCUAGCCAUGGCAGCACUGCUUCUCUGGGAGCAGCAACAUCUCCUCGAACGGGGCUAACGAAGGAAAAAGUGACACCACUGUGGCACAGCUCCAGUGAAGUGGUCUCCAUUGCAGACAGGACAUUAGAAAAAGAGAGCCACAUAGACCGAAAAGCUGAGUCUUCACUGAGUCUGGAUAUUCACAGCAAGAGUCAACCAGCCUCCAAUCCUCUAACGAGGGAGAACAGUGCUUAUAGUCUUAGUGAUGCCGUCUCACAUACAAGUACCAUGAGCUCGCGACACUCUGCCAGCCCGGUUGUUUUCACCAGUGCCAGAAGCUCACCUAAAGAAGAGCUUCAUUCUGCUACUUCUCCCCAGCUCGCACCUUCUUUCUCCUCCUCCUCUUCCUCCUCAUCUGGUCCUAGGACUUUCUACCCACGCCAGGGUGCUACUAGCAAGUAUCUGAUCGGAUGGAAGAAGCCCGAAGGGACAAUAAACUCAGUGGGGUUUAUGGAUACAAGAAAACGUCACCAGAGUGAUGGCAACGAGAUGGCCCACCCUCGGCUGCGUGCCUCAGCGAGAGAUCUGCGAGCAUCACCAAAACGAGCAUCGAAGUCCACAGUUGAAGAAGACCUGAAGAAACUGAUAGAUCUUGAUAGUCCAACACCUGAAUCCCAAAAGAAUUUUAAGUCACACACUCUGUCCUGUCAGUCUCCCUUUCCCAGCACUCCUACCACAAGGCGUGCCUUGCAAAGGACUUUAUCAGAUGAGAGUAUUUACAGUGGUCAAAGAGACCACUUCUUCGCCUCGCGGGCCUCACUCUUGGACCAAGCCAUGCCAAAUGAUGUCCUGUUCACCAGCACAUACCCUUCUCUCCCAAAAUCGCUGCCAUUACGGAGACCAUCAUAUACUUUGGGAAUGAAAUCACUACAUGGAGAGUUUUCUGCCUCAGACAGCUCCCUCACAGAUAUCCAAGAGCAAAGACGGCAGCCCAUGCCAGACCCUGGUCUUAUGCCAUUGCCUGACUCUGCCUCCGAUCUGGACUGGUCAAACCUGGUAGAUGCUGCCAAAGCCUUUGAAGUUCAGCGAGCUUCAUUCUUUGCUGUUGCGGAUGAAAACCACAGGCCUGUGAGUGCUGCCUCCAGUGGUGAUCAGGCUGAGGACCAGCUUACUGCACAGAUAAAGCCUUAUACAGGUAAAGAAUCUCCACCAACUCUCGCCUCUAAAGUGGACCAACUUGAAGGUUUGCUGAAGAUGCUGCAAGAGGAUUUAAGGAAGGAAAAAGAGGACAAAGCCAAUCUUCAGGCUGAAGUGCAACAUUUGCGGGAGGACAACUUGCGGUUACAGGAGGAAUCCCAGAAUGCGACUGAGAAGCUGAAGAAAUUCACCGAGUGGGUUUUCAACACAAUCGAUAUGAACUGAGAGCAGUGUACGGGGAAGGAAACUAUCUGUAAUGAAUAUUAUUCCUGGGACUUAAGCUUUAAUGCCACCUUAAUCAUGACGUGUGAAAGUAUAGUCAGAGCACUUCCCCGUCCUCCAUCCUCCAAUAACCCUUUUUUGCAUCUCUGCGCGCACUCCGAACAAUUGCAGAUCAACAAUCAAUGUCUGCCUUUUGUAGAAAAACAAAGUAAAUAAUUUUAAAGAGGUAAAAUAAAAGUUUAACUGCUAAAAUGUGAAUGUCUAUUUUUUUGCACAUUGUUUCUUUAUCUGUUACGUACAAAGCGAUUUGGAGGCUGGAUCAGGCUUGCUGCUCUGUCUGCCUCUGGUUCCAUUAUCUCCUUUCUCUCUGUUUCAGGUAAUCUGCUUUUCCUUGCAGCUUUGGCAAAUAUUAUGACAUCUAGAAAAUUAGGAAGAAAUGUUUAUUUUACUGCUUUUCUUACAUUGUUUUCUGAAGUAUGCCACAGACAAGGGGAUGUAAUGCAAUGUUUUAGGUGUCUCCUUAGCAAUUUGCGCUUGAUUGCUAGUGCUACCUUCCCAUACGUUACAGAGAAGCGUGUGUCUGUAGUGUAGGUACAGUGCAACCAGCAUCACAACAUCUGGAGAGAGAUGAGAGACCUGAGCCGUGGCUGAGGCACAUUAUCACACAUCUGUUGCAUUAGCAUUUCUGGUAGCCUUUGUUUCCUGUGGAAGCGACGGCUGCAAGUAACUUCACGAACAGCAAAAUGAGGCGUGCUGCGGUCUGUACCGUAUCAGGCAGGCUGAGAUGCCAAGCACUGCUGCUGUACCGCUUAAGGAUCGUCCCCGACCCUUCCAGGGGAGUCUGUUACCGUCGUAUGUGCAGAAGACUUAGGCUGAAGUUGUAAAGAGAUUAAGAUUUCCUCUAUACACCCCAGAACACUUCCAUGAAAAUCCUCGUAAGCCAUCUCAGUGCAGCAGCCCUCCUGUUCCAUUUCUCCACUCUUCUCAAAUCACUGCAGAUUUGAGAAAUGUUCACUAAGCUUUUGUUCUAUGACAUGGGAGGUCUUUAAAUCCUUCGUGGCCACGAGCAGAGGAAUACGUAAAGGUGAAAUUAGAGAAGUACAUUUUUCCUAAGUACUGGGAUAGGAUUGGAGCUCUGAAAUCCCCAGUUUCUGGUGAAGCUGUCUACUGUGAUAUUUCCCAAACUGCCUCCUGUCAGGAAAGUUAAUUUCAUGUUCUUUGAAGGAACAGCUGACUUGCCACAACAUAUUACCUCUCCAGAAAAUACCUUUUAGCUGUAGGUGCUGCAGUCUGCACAAGCAUCGAGCUGUGCAGCGUGCUGAGAAACCUUUUCAGUUCCCUUCUGAGUACGCAGUCACUACCUUAACAAAUACUGCCUUGCACGAGGUGCAGCAAAUUUGGAGUAAACUACAAGAACAGCCCUCCCUGCCCUUGACCACAUUCUCAAACAGGAUAAAAUGGUCGGGCAUAGGCUUGUCACAGAAACUAACACGCUCUUUUCAAAUCCCCUUUUCAUACCCUUUAAUCUUGCUCCACACAAGUGCACACUACACUCCAACCUCAAACUUCAUUUGUGAUGCUAAUCCCCAUGGAGUUCUUCUCUAAUGUUUUGUCAUGGAAAUGGAUCUCUUUGGAACUAUUUCUGGAGUGCUUUUGUAAAGGUUUAGAAUGUCUUGGGUUUUUUAAUGACUUGUAUGAAGGAGAUUUAUAUAAUGCCUGAUAUAAUUUGUAAAUGGGAAAUAUUGCUAACAUCUCUGAGCAUCCUGAAGUCUUGCUUUUAUUCUCUUUUAUUUUUAAGUUUGGGUUUUAUUUUAUUUCAAAAAUAUUUUGGGACUUGGGGCAGACUAUUUAUUAGAGUUUUGCAACAGAGUUCUUCUUGUAUGAUGCCACUGAAGGCUACUUGUAAAAUUCUGACAAUAAAACUCAUUUUAAAGGCUCUUCUAAA